CUUGCAGAGUGUUUGGCGUUACCAUGGAGUCUGGAGACGCUCCCGGAUGCUGUUUGUUGCCAGGGUAACCCAAGCGGCAGAAGGCAACCGUGGCGGCGACUGCACGGCUGCAGGGCUGCGAUGGUGACCAACCCAGUGCACGGCCUGCCCUUUCUCCCGGGGUCAAGCUUUCCGGACUGCACGAAAACAUCCUUCCACAGAAGCCAGACACUUGGCUACAGGAACGGCUACGCAGUUAUCGACCGUCCAACCUUCGGGAUAGGCGGAGACCGGCUCCACUAUAACCAGCUGUCUCCUGCUGAGUUGGAUGAGUUGUCCAACAAGGCACCCUUCUUAACGUACGGUCCACCCAAGCCGCCCCCACCUGCACAGUUUAUUCCUGCUCAUGUGGCUUUUGACAAAAAGGUGCUGAAAUUUAGCGCCUACUUCCAAGAAGAAGUUCCCUCAUCAACGGAGGAGUAUUACCGAAUCCGCCAAGUGAACAUUUACUACUUUCUAGAGGAUGACAGCAUGUCUGUCAUAGAGCCUGUGGUGGAGAACUCUGGGAUCCCCCAAGGCAAGCUAAUCAAACGCCAGCGCCUAGCCAAGAAUGAUGUGGGAGAUCAUUACCACUGGAAAGACCUCAACCGGGGAAUUGACCUCACAAUCUACGGCAAAACUUUUCGCGUUGUUGACUGUGACCGAUUCACACAGGAAUUUUUGGAAAGUCAAGGAAUAGAAUUAAAUCCACCAGAGAAGAUGGCUCUGGAUCCUUAUACCGAGCUCCGGAAAGAACCUAUUCGUAAAUAUGUCACGCCAUCAGACUUUGACCAACUGAAGCAAUUUCUCACAUUUGACAAACAAGUCCUUCGGUUCUAUACGAUCUGGGACGACACGGACAGCUUGUUUGGGGAAUGCCGGCAUUACAUCAUUCACUACUACCUCAUGGACGACACGGUGGAGAUUCGGGAGGUCCACGAACGGAACAACGGGAGAGAUCCGUUCCCACUCCUCAUGAACCGCCAGCGCAUGCCCAAAGUUUUGGUGGACAAUGCAGAGGACUUCCCUCAGUGUGUGCUGGAAAUCUCUGAUCAAGAGGUGUUGGAGUGGUACACCGCCAAGGACUUCAUCGUGGGGAAGUCUCUCACCAUCCUUGGGAGGACCUUCUUCAUUUAUGACUGUGACCCAUUCACCCGCCAGUACUACAAAGAAAAGUUUGGAAUGUCCGAUUUACCGUGCAUCGAUGUGAGCAAGCGGGAGCCACCUCCUGUAAAACAGGAGUUGCCUCCAUAUAAUGGCUAUGGGCUGAUUGAAGACUCUGCUCAGAAUUGCUUUGCUCUCGUCCCCAAAGCUCCCAGAAAAGACAUCAUUAAAAUGCUGACAAAUGACAACAAGGUGCUCCGCUACCUGGCUUCACUGGAAUCCCCCAUCCCAGAAGACAAAGACCGUCGAUUUGUCUUCUCCUAUUUUCUUGCCAGUGAUAUGAUCAGUAUCUUUGAGCCCCCUGUUCGAAAUUCUGGUAUCAUUGGGGGCAAAUUCCUGGGCAGGACUAAAGUUAUUAAAUCAUUCUCUCCUGUUGACAACCCCAUCUACUAUGGACCGAGUGACUUCUACAUCGGUGCUGUGGUUGAGGUGUUUGGCCAUCGGUUCGUCAUCCUCGAUGCAGAUGAGUACGUCCUAAAAUACAUGGAGAGCAAUGCCUCCCAGUACUCCCCGGAAGCCCUCGCCUCAAUCGAGAAACUUGUCCAAAAGCAGAAUGCUCCCGCACCAGAACCAAAACCAGAACCAGAACAGAAACCAGAAAACAAGCAAGCUAUGGAGGAAGCCAAGUCAGAGGAAGCCAAGGCACAGGACAUGCAGACCCUGUCAGAGGCAAUCCAGUUGCACCUGAAAGACCAUUCAUGCAAAAACAACCUCCGUGAAUCAUUUCAAAUACAUGACAAGGAGCAUUCAGGAUAUGUGGACAAAGAGUUGUUCUUUAAGAUCUGCGACACUCUUAAUGUCCCAGUUGAUAACACCUUGAUCAAGGAGCUAAUCAAGCUGUGUACCCACAGAGAAGGCAGGAUUAACUACCAGAACUUUGUUCGAGCCUUCUCGAACUGACCCGAGUGAGACGAUGCGCCACACAUUUUUGACACUGAACCGACAUUGAGGAAUCUACUUGGUAUUUACCGUGCUAGCAUCGACAUCACUCCUGGAGCUGUAUGUAUUUUUUGGCUCUUCUGUUUAACUAUUACUAAAGUCUAAAGUAAAUUGAUUUUUCAAAGAA